AGAUUCAGCCAACUCUCCAGGAGAAACACGCCAUGAAACAAGCUGUGAUUGAAGUCAUGAACAUGAAGAUCCAGCAGCUACAGAGUCAGCAGGGGUCACAGACGGUCGGGACCAGCAAGGCCUGAACGCACCAACGCUUUCUGAAUGUCCCCACAGGAACGUCUACCAACACUGUUGUGAUGCUUUCCUCCCUUGAUUAUUAAAGUGGUUACUAGACCUUAAAGUUGGACAGUUUUUUUUUUAAAUAUCAUCUCUACAUUUUUUCCUGAAUAAAAUGUUUUAAAAAGUUCCA